AUGGAUAUGUCAGAUGGCAUGACAAUGGGUGGUGCACCAACAGAUGGCUCUGCGUUGAAUGCUACUGGCUUUGAGCUGUCCAACAUGACGCAAGCUGCGGAUUAUUUGGGAGAAAUAUUGGAUGAUUCUGUUUUUCAGAUAGAUGGAAAUGCUGCUGCCAGAAAUUUUUGGUAUGGAGUCUGUGCGGUUAUCGGCAUAGCUGCUUUUUUCAACUUCGCACAGAAGACUACUAUAUUUUUCAGAUUGAGGGCUGCUGCCUCGAACAAAGCACGACCAGCAUCACCAUCCAAUCCUUUGACAAUAUUUCUAGCUACAAUAACAGCAAUUGGCCGGGAAGCAUCGUAUUCCCAAUUCAUACCACACAAUGCAAUUGCCGCGAAGUACUUCAAGAUCCCUCCUCUCGGAACUAUCAUGCUCUUGGUAUUGCAUCUAGUGUGGGUCAUUAUCCUCGAGUUUGCGAACAACAACGUUCCGGGUGCUCAACACUUUACUUCAUUGGGUGUUCGCGCAUCCUGGUUGGCUGUUGCACAAGUCCCUCUAUUGAUACUCCUAGCUGGAAAGAAUAGUCCACUGGGACUUGUCAGUGGUAUCUUAUAUGAACGCUUGAAUGUUGUUCACCGAUGGACUUCAAGGAUCCUUCUGUUUCUUGUUACCCUGCAUGUGAUUUUCCUUCACUUAGCUUGGAAUGCAUCUGACCUAGGGCCUCUGGAAUAUUCUACCGAUUCGUGCAUUUCAACUGGCUGGGGAGCAUAUGCCAUGCUGCUAUGGAUGAAUAUUAGCACUUGCGCGCCUAUCAGAAAUUUCUCCUAUGAGUUCUUUGUAAUUCAGCACAUCAUCACUUUUUUCGGAUUCAUCAUUGCCAUUAUGAUGCAUCUUCCAGAUACUGCUCUAUACUCUAGAGUUUACAUUUAUAUCCCCAUUGCAUUUUACAUAAUCGACAGGACAAUCCGUACCGGGAGAUAUGCUUGGAACAACAUUCGCACCCCAACGGCAACAUUGAAUGUUUUAGAAGGUGGUGUUACUCGGGUUUGCAUCGAAAGCAAAGCUAUCAAGAAGUGGAGCCCUGGCUCUCACGUUCUCCUAGCAAUACCUCAGCUUGGCAUUGGGCAAUCUCAUCCAGCAACGAUUGCUUCCACACCAUCGUCACAUGAUGGCAAGCUAGUCUUCUUGCUUAAAGCCCACAAGGGAUUCACAGGUCGCCUAUUAUACGCAGCAGAAAUUUCGCCAGCAUCGAAUUCGCCAUGGAAAGCCCGAAUUGAUGGACCAUAUGGUAACACUGUUGACUAUGCUGCUUUCGACACUGUUCUUCUCAUCUCAGGUUCAACUGGUACAACCUAUACGCUUCCAAUUCUCUUAGACAUUGCAUAUCGUGCACAAAGUACACGACUUCCAGUUCAGCGCAUCGUCUUCGUUUGGAUAAUCAAGAACACUUCAUGGACAUCAUGGAUUGCAGACGAACUCGCAUCAGCAGCCGAGAAGCUUGACGGCCGCUGGAAUCGAGCUCACAAUUCGAAUCCACCUAGUUGUUGUACUUGCGACAAAAGUCUCGGUCCUUGCUGCUGUAUAUCUGUCAAUGCUGAUACUGAUGACGAUGAAAUCACAUCUAUCGAUGAAAAGGGCACUAAAAUCAGCGCCAAGCCAAAAAUCACAAGUGCUUCUAGUAUUACUUCAGGAACCCGAUCAUCAAUUUUACCAUGCGCAGUAUUCCAGAGUGGGAGACCUGAUUUCCAUCCUCUUAUAGGGGAACUAUUAGUGAAAGCCGCGGGGGAAACUGGGAUUGCUGUUUGUGGACCACUUGGAUUGAGUAGUAAUGUGAGGACUACGGUCGCGAAAUGUAGUAAUGAUAGGGCUGUUCAUAAGGGAACUGGAGCUCAAGGUAUUUUUCUGCAUGCCGAGGGUUUCGGAUGGUAG